GAAAAUGAUGCAUGAAAUUGUAAUUUUCCUUGUCGCGUUGUUGGGGUGUUGUAGUUCAAGUCCAAAUAAAAGAGCAAAUGAUUUUGACUUGGUGAUUUUGCACAACAAUGAUAUGCACGGAAGAUUUGAGGAGACUGAAAGGAAUACUGGGACUUGUCAGCCUGAUCAUAGGAAUAAAAGUUGUAUUGGUGGUAUGGCCAGAACUGCCCACGUAAUCAGAGCGUACAGAGAACGUCACCAGAAAGGUACCGGACCUCCGGUACUCUACCUAAAUGCCGGAGACACUUUUGUCGGUACGGCUUGGUUCAGCGUCUUCACCUGGAACAUUUCUUCUACAUUUUUAAACGCUUUAAAACCUGAUGCAGUGAGUUUAGGCAAUCACGAAUUCGACCUGACAAGCUCCGUCCUCUCAGAGUUCGUUGAUCAUCUCGACUCUCCAAUCUUGGCAGCAAACUUAAAUUUCUCCCUAGAACCCAACCUUGUGGGCAAAUUCAACGCGUCUACAAUUCUGCACGUGGAUGGUCGUAGAAUCGGUAUCAUCGGCUACCUGACACCAGAAACAAUUAAAAUAUCAUCCACUGGUAGUGUUGUAUUCGAAAAUGAAAUCAUUGCAGUAAAAAGAGAAGCUGAUUCUCUUAGGUUACUAGGCGUUAAUAUUAUUAUAGCUUUGGGACAUUCAGGAUAUCAAAUGGAUCAGGCUAUAGCCAAAGAAGUUGAACUAGUAGAUUUGGUCAUUGGAGGCCAUACCAAUACGUUUUUGUAUAAUGGAAAUCGGCCUGAUUCGGAAAUAAUUGAAGACCCUUAUCCAAAAGUAAUCACUCAAAAAUCUGGAAAACGAGUUCCAGUAGUUCAAGCGUUUGCUUAUACUAAAUACUUGGGGGUUUUAAAUUGUACUUUUAACACAAACGGUGAUUUAAUAAAAUUCGCUGGACAACCUCUUUUAAUGGAAACCUCUAUACCACAAGAGCAAGACAUUCUAGAGCUUUUACACAUCUACAGACCAGCAAUAGAUAAUCUCAAUAAAGAAGUCAUUGGUUAUUCUAGAGUUUAUUUAGAUGGCGAAAGUUCAAAUUGUAGAUUCAAAGAAUGCAACUUAGGCAAUCUAGUUACCGAUGCUCUAGUUUCGUAUGCCAUAACUGAAUCAACACAAAGUUGGACCAACGUCCCUAUAGGCCUUUACAAUGGAGGUGGCUUGAGAAAUAGUAUAAAUCCAGUGGGAGAUUUAGGCAAAAUUACCAGAGGCGAUCUCAUGGCAGUGCUUCCAUUCGGCAACCAAGUGUUUAUUUUAACUCUAAAAGGCUCUGAUUUGAUAGAGGCACUAGAGCAAAUGGUUAGAAGCACCGGCGAAACUUCGAUGGGCGAAUUCCCACAAGUUUCAGGCUUGAAACUGGAACUAGACAUGACAAAGAAGCCUUAUUCCAGAAUAGUAUCGGUCAAAGCGAGAUGUGGAAUAUGCGAAAUACCUAAGUAUUAUUUAAUAGAUCCGGAACAAAAUUAUACGUUGGUUACUUCGAGUUUUUUGGCUAAUGGUGGUGACGGUAUAACAGUACUAAAAGAAAAGCCUUUGGAAAGGCGUGAAAUGGAUGGUGGAGAUUUGGACGCGGUGGCCAACUUUAUAACUAGACAUAGUCCGAUUUAUCCUGAAAUACAAGGCAGGAUUAAGUUUGUGAAUGGAAAAUCAAGUGGCACGAAAAUUAGUAGUACUUGGUUGUUGAUUAGUUUGAGUUUAUUAAUGAUUUUUGUGAGAAAAUAUAUUGUUUAA